UUUGGUCCUGGGUGAGGUCGGGUGUUGGGUUUCCUCGCUCUUUGUGCGGUGUAAUUACAGUAAUUCUAUAGGAGCCCUGCAGAGGAGCACCUGAGUCUGUGCCGGUGUUGUCGCUGCAGGUGAGUCUUGGAGAACACCUCGCCCUGUGCCGUGUUGUCACUGCAGGUGAGUCUCAGAUUUCCCCUGUUCUGACAUGUUUUGCUGCCGGGAGUCUGGAAGGACUGCAGAGCAUGACACGUUCCAGAGGAGUAUCAACACACAGAGGCAUGGAAUAUUCCCCGUCAUCUUCUUCCCUCGUAUCUUUGUGUGUUCUUUUGUUUGGGAGACAGAUUAUUGCCAGUGUAACAGUGCUGCUGUUUAUAUGGCUCAGUUUAGGAGGAGGCUCCGCUCAAGUGGAACAGGAGUCACUUUUUGUAGCACUAUCAGGUUUUCACUCUGGCAGUACAACAGCCAGCUGUCCUCAUUCCCCUGUCUGCAGCUCAUAAUUGACAAGUCAUUUAAAGGCUUUGUGUACUCAGGCUGGAGAAAUUCUCCCUGAAUUAGUCCAGGAAACUGUUCAGACAAUUUCUGAGAAUUCAAGGAUGCCUAAGACAGACAAAGAAAGGGAAAAGGAAUACUUACCCUUAAGAAAGAGAAAGGGAAGAAACUGGGACGCUUUCGGACUCAUGAGCAGCUGUUUUGGUAGCAGGAAGGAUCCCAGUAAGUUUUUUAUUUAGCAGUUAGUUUUUUAGGCCCAACAGGGUAAGGUGGCCAGCAAAAAUCAGUGUAAGCUUCUCACAGAAACAGUUGUACCAAACUGUUGGAUGAGGGAAUUCUUCUGGAGCUGGUUACUGCUUAAUAUUUCCUUUAGUGACUUAAAGCUGCAGUUUGGUGGCACUUGAACCUGUUUCGUGUUUGGAUCUGUUCCCGAGCCAGUUCCUGAUCCAUGUGCUAGGCAUAUGCUGGCACAAGGAGGGAGCAGCAGCCAGGGCAGGCACAGAAGGGCAGUGACAUUCAUUCUGCCAGCAGCAGUGUCAGUGUCUGAUGGUUAUAAUGGAGCCAGGAUCUUGGAUUACAAUAAGGAAUACACUGGUGCCAGUCAGGGAGGGGUGUGAGCACUCUGGGAACAGCAUUAAACUCCAUAUUCUUAGAAAAAAUAAGGCAUUUAAAAUGAAUCCAAUGCAUUGAUAGAAAAUCCACAAUAACCUCCUAGCAGUGAGGUCUGUAAUCAGGCCGUAAGCAGAAUAAUAUUAACAAAGGGAUGUUACACAGAAGGAGUCUGUUAAUGUAUUAGUAGUUUUAAUAGAUCAAUAAUUGUAAUAGGAAUCACAUGUGAAACUUGGGUCUUCAUUGUCCUGCUGUUCAGGGCUGCUGAGGUUUCAGUUCUGAGCUGCAGGCUUUAAAAAUAAUACUGUGACUGAUGGGAAUUUAGAAAAGAGCAAAAAUAGUAAGGAGCUUAAAAAUCGUGUUUCUUAGAGAGGAUAAUAGAGCUGGGUUUGCUCAUUCUGGAAAAUAUUUGAGGGCACAGUACCUGCUCACAGGUGGAGGGAGAUGGUGGUUCCUUUCCAGGUGAAAAUGAGUCUUUUCCUCACCUUUCUAGAUGUGGUUUGGUUGAAUGCUCUGAAACUCUGGAGCAGCUCACCCAGGGAGUUGUGGAAUUCUCCCAGUGGGACUGUGGGAUCAUCUUUUCCCUCAGAGUAGAGGAUGGGGCCAGCAAUCUCUGGAGAUCCCUCCUGGGUACAUGUUUAAUAAAAACUCUGGUGCAGAAGACACAGAAUUUCCAGAGAUGUACAUGGAUAGACUUCUGCUGCUGUCCCAUCCUCCAUGUGACACGUGUGAGCUCCAAGGCAACGACAGCCCAGGAUUUGGGAUGAGAAAGUGUCGGGGUUUUACACAUCCUGUGCUGUUGCUCAUCUCCUCCUCAGCUGACUCGUGUUGUAGCUGCAGCAUCGUUACAAGAUACUACAAGUCAUUCUCACAAUUUCCUGUCCUUGUAUCUCCUGUCUUUCCUGUGCACAUGUUCUCAGUCCCUUCCCAUUCUCUGCUGCUCAGAUUUAAUAGCCUCUCUUUUGGAAUCUCUCUUUCAGCUCGCUCCUGACACAGCCGAACUUGUGCCAGCUGUGGUUUGCUCUGCCAGACGGAGCACGUGCUCCCAAGAUGGGUUUGCAGGCCAAGGGAACACGUGUGUGUGCAGGGAGCAUGUCAGGCACUGUGACUGCGGCCCAGAGUGAGAGAUAUUCCCGUGCCAGGCGCUGGUUUGGGAUGGAUGCUGGAGGCUGGGUUGUGGUGCUCACAGGGGAUCCAGGAGCUGCCUCACAGGGCAGGGUGCAGAGCUCUCAUUGUUCCUCUCCGUGGAGCUUCACCAGCUGCUUAUCGAGGCUUUAUUUUAAAGGAAGUUUUAGUCUAGAGGGAAAGAGAUUUCUUGGCAUUUUGUUAAGGGAAUGAUGGAUGGGAAGGGACAUUGGUUCUUCAUGUUCUGAUCUAAUUUGCCUCAGAGAAUUGUGUAAAAACUUUUACAUGUCCCUGCUUUCUUCUCUCUCUCAUUCCUUCUGCUCUCACACCCGUUUCACAACAGAUUCAUUGCAAGAUGGGUGCUAAAGGAAAAAACCAAAAUCACCAGAUGCCCCGGGAGCAGACAGUGUGCAAAUACUGCGGAGUCAGCUACCUGACACUCCACGAGUUUAAGGUGAUGGAAGACAAAGUAAAAGCAAUGGAGAAGGAGAUUAAAGUUUAUAAAGGAAGUCUAGAACGGGAGCAAAGGCUUCAGGCAGAAUUGCAGGCUCUUCACCAUGACCUUGAGCGCUGUCGAGCUGAGAGCGAAUCCAAAACAGAAAGGAUAAAAACCCUAACAGUGGAACUUAAAACCAAGCAGGAGGAGAUGAAAACCGUGAAAGCUGAUCUGCAGUAUUUCCAGGAGGAGAAGGAAGCUGCCUACAAGCAGUCACAGGUCCUCAGAAAUACCUUGGAACACCACUGCUCCACUCUGAACAAGGCUGUCUCACUGUUCCCUUUCAUUAGAAGUGAAUUAGACAGUGUUAAAGAGGUCAUCUCCACCAACCUGGAGAACUUUGCUGCCAUGAAGGAAGAAAUUUCUCUGCAAAUAAAAGCCAUGAGUAAAGAAGCUCUGACAGAAAUACCCAAAUUGAACCAAAGAUUGGCAAAAUCCCAGCGGGAGAACGAGUGUCUCCAGGAGAAGGUCAAACACCUCACUGGAGUGGCUGACACAGUCGAGCUGAAAACUCAACAGCUCCAAACUUCCCUUCAGCAGGUGAACGAGCUGCAGAGCCGGUGCCGUGAGCUACAGAAGGAAACUCUGGAUUUAACAAAUCAGGUGGAGGCAACUGGCCUGCAGCUGCAGAAGGUGACAGCAGAGAUGGACCACUACAAGAAGCUGUUACUGGUGAAGUCAACAGAACUUGAUGUCUGUCAAAAUGAACUGAAAAAGAUCAAAUAUGAAAAUGGAAUUGCUGAGGCCAGACUUACAAAAGAGCUGAAGGAAAAGGAGGAAUCCCUUCUCAUUUGCCAACAAGUCUGCAAACAUUUACAGGAGGAAGUGGCCGAGAAAGAAAGGAAAGAGGAAGAUCUGAAGAGAAGAACUGGGAGAUCAGAGAGUGAGCUGGAAACCCUGAAAGCUCUCCUGAGCCAAACAGAGCAGGAGCUGCUGAUGCUGAAGCAGGAAAGGGAGCUGCUGCUGGUGUCGCAGCAGAGCAGGACGGAGCAGCUGCAGGAGGCGCUGAGGCAGAAGGUGCGGAGUGAGGACUCCUGGAGGGACAAGCUGGAAAUGGACCUGGCCAAAGGGGAGGCUCGGCACAAAGAAGCAAUUCUGAAAGUCAGGGAAGAGGCCAGAGUGGAGCUGGACCUGGAGAGACAAAAACAGCAGGAACUGAUCACAAAAUAUCAGAGAGAACACGAGGAGCUCCAGCAGAAGAUCCCAGGUUUAAUAUCUAGUGCCACCAAGAGCUUGAGGAUGGAGACGGAAAUUCUGGAGAAGAAGCUCCAAGAUGCCCAAAUGAAACUGGCAGAGAAAGAUGGAGACAAGGAAAAAGAAAUCCAGAGCCUUAAAAGGCUCAUCAGUGAGCUUGAAUUCCAGCUGACCAUGGAAAAGAGCAACAAUGAAUCAUUCCUGGAUAAACUGAGGAAAGAAAUUAAGCACAAGUCAGAUGAACUGGAAAAAUUAACCCAGGAGAGGACACAGCUGAUUCACAGUUUGAAUCAAGUUCAAGAGGAGAAUGCCCUGCUGCAGGACACGGUGCGCCGGGAGUGCGAGGAGCGCUUCGAGCUGACGGCGGCGCUGGGCCGGGCCCGGGAGCAGGUGCUGGAGCUCCGCAGGCUCAGCGGGACCCUGCCGGCCUCGCCGCGCUCCCUCCCCGCCGGGGAGCUCCGCCUGUCCGGGCACUUCGGAACGGCCAGGGCCGCCAGGGGCCCCGGCUCCAUGGAUCCCAUCCCUCCCAAGGGAAGGGCGGCCUCGCUGAGCGAGCCCCGGAGCCGGGUUCUUGCCGGGAUGAGGCGCCGGCCGAGCCAGCUCUGACAGCUCCACCUGCGAAACCAUUCCAGCCUCCAACUCGUCCAUUUCUACAACUUAAAGUCCAGUUAAAUUUUUAUUUAUUUUUGAUGCAAUAAUGUUUACCUGUCCAUUAAUUUAUUCACGGUGUAGUGAAAUGCUGGGUGCAUCUCAAGAUGAGAAAAGUAAAGAGAGUCUCUCCAAGAGGAGCACAAAGAGCAGCACAUCUUCAAUGGGUGGGAUUGAAAUCAGAGAAUCCCUGGAUCCCAGAAGGUUUGGGUUGGAAGGAACCUUAAAGCUCAUCCCGUUCCAAUGCCCUGGCCCUGGGCAGGGAAUAAUGGCCCAUCCUCACAGGAUCCAGGAUGGAUGGGGCUUGGAGAAGCCUGGUAAAGGGAAGGUGCAACUGGACGAGCUUUGAGGUUCCUUCCAACCCAAACCAGUCUGUGAUUCCAUGAUUUCAAAUCUGGGCUCUUACCCACAGCCCCCUGUUUGUGUCCUGCAGCAGCAGCUGGAGUACAGGGGAGUGGGCCAGAGAGGAACAGCACGUAAAAUAACGGGAGCAGGAACGGGAUCAUGGUUCUGGCAUGAGGGAGUGGCCAGGUCCUGGAUCCAAACCAAGUCCAGAACAAAUAUUUCCCUUCUCCCCCUCCCUCCCAGAACCCAGAGCUCCUGCUGCUAAGCAAUAAGCAAAAUAGGGAAAUGUCAGGGACCCUUUUUUACUGGCUUUGAAAACAAUUUAAUGGAUCUCACCACGUCAAGGAAAGUUUACCAAGUGUUUUCCAUGGUGGGAUGAAGGGCAGCAGCACAAAGUGCCACGGAGGAUGUGGACACCUCAUGAUAGCCCUGAAAUUUUAGGAAAUCAAACUUCCUGAAGGGAGUGUUUCUUGUAGGAGUGGUGUCAGGGACCUUGCACUCCAGGACUUGUGGCACGAGGCAAAGCCAAACAAAGCUCCAGGCUUGGAACAAACCUGUCCCUGUGGAUCCUGCCCUGCUGGCUGUGGGCAGCAUUCCAGCCCUUCCCUUGGACAAAACAUCCCAUGGCUGUCUUGUCCUUCCCUGCUGGAAAGGCUUCAGCUUGCCCAUGGCAGAGCUGGGCGUGCUGCCUGCUCUGGAGUGAGCUCCUGCAGUCCUGAACCUUUCCAGAAAGGAUCAAUGCUCUGUGCCAGGCCUGAUUCCUGUGGGCAGGAAAAUGGGGCUCAGGGGAUGGGUCUGAUCCUUCGUGUGAGCCCCAAACACGAGCCAUGGUGGGGUCCAUCCCUGCUCCCAGCUAACGAGAGACAGCACAAGAGGAAGCCACGGAACCUCAGUCAGUGCCUCAGUGUGGCUCACCCUUUUUCCACCCAAAGUUGCCCAAAACAUAAUGUUCUCCACAGAUAAUAUUGUGGAGAGCCCAGCCCACGCGUGGUGCUGCUGCUCCUUCCGCAGGAGAUGGGAUUAGCCCUGGCCAUACACAGCUUGCCAUGGAUAUCACUUCCCUCCCACUGGGAUAUCACAAACCAAAGCUGAGAUGAUCACUAGACCUUGCUCUGAGGUGUGUGUAGGAUCUGGGAUCCCGACUGUGCCUUGCAGAUGGAGUUUUUCUACAAAAGAAAAAAUUGGACUGCAGGAAAAAGCAUCUUAGUUCCUAAGCAGUGUUAAAAGUGCAUGGAAAUAGAAACUGAUGCCACAGAUCAUUAAAAUAUAUUAACCAGAACAAA